ACCAUCCAAAUCCUCUACUUCACAACAUCCCAAGGAUACUACCAAUCAAACCUUCACAUCUAAGUCUAACCAAGAUCAAACAUCUUCUUCUGAACUUAAUGAAGAUGAUGAUGAUAUUGUUAUGACAGAUUCAAAUGGCGAUUCUACUAUCAAUGUAAAUGACCAAACUACUGAUAAUAAAAACUCCAACCCCAACAAAAACUUAUAA